AUGGCAUCGGACGAUAGUUUGUUGAAUGAAUACGAAUGGGUCGAUGUUGAUUCUCACGACAGUUUCAACAAUGAUGUACACUUAGACGAUGAUGAUGAUGAAGAAGAAGCCGAUGGAGAAUAUCACGGAGAAGCUAACGAUGAUGAGGAGCAGCGCAUCUCUAAGGUCGUUCACGAUCACAAUCAUGAUUUGCACCCAUCCGUAUCGUGCCUGAUGGCUGGACAUAUGUCUGUUUGUAAUUCUUUAAAGAGGGAUCUUGUAGCUCCCGAUCGAUCUGGCAUUAGACCCUCCAAAAAUAUUAGACUUGCUGAGGUUCAACGUGGUGGACCGCAAAAUUUGGGUUGCACUCCAAAGGAUUGUAGAAAUUAUAUUUUGAAGAGUAGGAAUUUUGAAAUGCAAGAAGGGGACGCACAGUCGCUGCUCAACCUUUUUCGUGAAAUCCAGGUAAAGGAUAGAGAGUUUUUCUAUUCUAUCGACGUUGAUAAUAUUGGUAGGCUGCGAAAUGCGGUAUGGGUGCAUUCACGCUGUAAGGCAGCGUAUGAGCAAUUCCAUGAUGCGAUAUGCUUUGAUACGACGUACCUUGUGAAUCGAUAUAAUAUGCCAUGUUCUUCAUUUGUCGGCAUUAAUCACCAUAGACAGUCCAUCUUACUAGGAUGUGCUCUCAUGUCUCAUGAAGAUAUCGAUAGUUACAAAUUAGUUUUUAGAACUUGGCUUGAUGCCUUGGGAAAUGUUCAUCCAGAUGCGAUCAUAACUGAUCAGUGUCAAAGCAUUAAGGUAGCCAUUGCUGAAGUGAUGCCAAAUACAAUACAUAGGUAUUGUAUUUGGCAUAUAUUCUCAAAGUUGCCUGUUUACUUAAGUGGUGUUCGUCCUUCUAAAAUUGCAUGUGCAGAAUUUAAAUCCAUGGUCCUUGAUAGCAUAACUGUUGAAGUUUUUGAGAGAAAGUGGACAGAAUAUAUUGCAAGGUAUAGUUUGCAUACAAGGAAUUGGUUCAACAAGCUUUACUCUGAGAAGGAAAAAUGGGUUCAUGUGUACCUUUAUGUGUAUUUUUGGGGUGGUAUGCUAUCUAUGCAAAGAAGUGAGGGGAUGCAUGCGUUCUUUGAUGGAUAUAUUACUCGUCAAAGCAAUCUUAGGAUAUUUGUUCACCAGUAUGAGUUAGCUAUAAGAGCUAAGCAUGAGAAAGAGUUGGAAGAGGAAUAA